CCGCCCCUUCCCCGCGGCGGAGCGGAACCUGGGCGUGCGGCGCGCGGAGCCGGCCGGGCGGGGAGGCCGGAGCGGGGCGAGGAUGAGUGUCAAGCAGGUUACGUGCAGGUACUACGUGCAGGGAGUGUGCCGCGAGGGAAGCAAGUGUCUGUUCUCGCACGACCUGUCCAGCAGCAAGUCCUCCACCGUCUGCAAGUAUUACCAGAAGGGGCAGUGCGCCUAUGGAGCCCGCUGCAGGUAUGACCACAUCAGGCUCCCUGCCUCGGGGGGUGCAGCAGCUCCUGUGCCUCCUCCCAUGGCAUCAGCAGCGCUGCUCAGCCAUCGCCCUGCACCAGAGCACAGUGCACCUGCAACCAAGAGCAAGCUGCGUGAGAGUGGCAAACGGGAGAAGAAAACACUUGUUCUCAGGGACAGAAACCUGUGUGGCUUGAAUGAAGAGAAGGAAAAAGCCAGUGCAACGAAUGAUGUGGUGUGUUGCAGUGACAAAAACGAUAAUGUGGAAAUGAAGCCCCAUUCAUAUUUGGAAGCUAUUUGCAGUGGGCUGGAAGAUCCAGUAGCUGGAAGUUCCUUUGGUGAUGGAGAGCAGCUGUGUCCUUAUGCUGCAGCAGGAGCGUGCCACUUCGGGGACCGCUGCCUUUACCUGCAUGGGGACGUGUGUGAAAUAUGUGGGCUGCAAGUGCUUCACCCUUUUGACCAAGAACAGAGGAAGGCUCAUGAGAUGAUGUGCAUGGCAACGUUUGAGCAUGAGAUGGAGAAGGCUUUUGCCUUUCAGGCAAGUCAGGACAAAGUGUGCAGCAUCUGCAUGGAAGUGGUGUAUGAAAAGCCAUCAGCCUCAGAGAGGAGGUUUGGGAUCCUCUCCAACUGCAAUCACACGUACUGUUUGUCCUGCAUCCGGCAGUGGAGGUGUGCCAAGCAGUUUGAGAAUCCAAUCAUAAAGUCUUGCCCAGAGUGCCGUGUGAUAUCGGAGUUCGUCAUUCCCAGCGCUUAUUGGGUAGAAGACCAGGAGAAAAAAAAUGAGUUGAUUGAAGCAUUUAAGCAGGGAGUGGGGAAAAAACCCUGCAAAUACUUUGAACAAGGGAAAGGAACUUGUCCAUUUGGAGGGAAGUGUCUUUACCUUCAUGCCUAUCCAGAUGGGACACGAGCUGAACCUGAGAAACCAAGGAAACAGCUCAGCUCUGAGGGAACCGUGCGGUUCUUCAAUUCUGUUCGUCUGUGGGACUUUAUUGAAGACAGAGAAAGUAGGACUGUGACCAGCACAGAUGAUCAAGUAACAGAACUUGGAGAACUUUUCAUGCACCUUUCUGGGGCUGAGGAGGAUUCUGCUACUUCUCAAUAAAGAUUACAUUACUAAGGAAUACUAAGGAAUACUGUCCAGAAAAUAAGACCAGAGAAUACGUGGGGGCCAGAAACAGAAAAACAGAGCAGAUCAGAGGAGCGGAGAGACACAUCCUCAAAACAACGACAAAAGACCUUUGAAGUGGAUAUCGUGGCAGUUAGCAGACUGAUAAAAACAAGGAUACAGUUACAAUCCUCAAAUUUAGUUAGAAGUCUGAGACAAAAAAACAACUUGUACUACAAAAUGAGUAAGAAGAAAAAGAAAUCCCAACUACAAAUUGAGAAAACAUAGCAUAAAAUUCAUGUGAUGGGUUAAAGAAGGAGCAGUUACAGCACUGCUACCUGUACCCAAAGCAACAGCUGUAAGGGAGUAAAGCUGUGUACUUUUCUUGACAGAUAAGAGAAACAUGGAAAACGAAAAUCACAGGAGAACAUCUGCUAACAGAAUUGGCAAGAAUCAAAGUUUAAGUAGUGAGUGAAUUGACAAAAAUACCAGCUGCUAUUGCAGAUGUGAGAUUCAAUUAAGUGUAAGAAGUGGAAUUGUUUGCCUAAGACAAUGGCAAAACUAAGGGAGAAGAAAACGCCUGCAUAUUGGAGGAAGUGUGCCUACUUGCAGGAUUUCCACCUGAGGCACUGCCGGGCAAGACAAGGAGCAAGGGAAGCAGGUGCUUUGUACAGGAACAUGGAACUUGCACAAGUUCAUCAUGGACCAUACUUUGGUAUCAAAACACUGCAUUGGAAAUAUUAAAAAUUCUGCUACAAAAGUACACCUCACUUCACAAACAGGCAGAACAAGAACUGUGAAACAUAAUAGGUUUGCGUUUCAGUGCUUUCAGGUCUUUUUUUUUUUUUGCUGAAGCUUUUAAAACAUACACCUGGACAAUAUUUCAGGUUAGAAAAACAGAAAUUAAACAUUUCACUAUUUUUGGUUUAAGCAGUCCUUCCACAAGUGAUGUUCUCCACGUGAUGCUUCUACAGCCAAACCACACUUUGAGGCCACUCUUGCUGCUUACUCAGUUCUCAUUACCAGUUGGGUAGUUACAGCUAUCUGCCACCAGCAGCGCUGGACAUCUCUAACAAGAAACAAUAUUAACUCCUUUCCUAAUGGGUGAAGGAACCCAUUAGGGUUCCUUGAUGAAGGAACAUCAAGUUUAGUUAACAUCAGUUGGAGUUUUUGGAAGUUGUGACUAAAAAACUCCAACCCGCUUAUUCCUGGGCUUGUCUUUUACAUCACAUUGCUUACUUAAAGCUUCCACGUGAGAGAUGAGAUAGACAACACACAUACUACAGAAAGGAAACCAAAACAGAAAAACAAAGCAAAACCUCUGCCUGCCAUGAAAUACACAAACAGAAAUUAAAGAAUCACAAUUAGAGCAGAAGUAUUAUUUGUGGUGACAGGAGAAACAGUAUUUUCAAACAUGAGAAUUUUAGUCUUGAUCUGCCUGAUCAUUUUAUUAAAAGUCUUCGUUAGAGCAUAUAGUGCUUCUGUAAAACAGAAUAAUUCCAGGUAACGGCCUGUAAUUUAACAUCACAAGGGCAGAUCUUACUGGAAUAGGUAAAAAUAGCACUCGUGGACAUGCCAAAGGAGAGUCUUUCCACUAUAUGGCCACUGCCUGGAUUGCAACAUCAGCUGGCUCUCUUUUUAUAACCACUUGAUUGCCAGUGAACAACGUACUGAGAGAACUCAGAAGAUUGGAGAAACAGAAGAGCAAGGCCAAAAUUGACUUUUAGGUGAAAUCAAUCCACUGUAUCACCGACACAUGGUUUCACCAUGCUAUUAUUGCCUCUGUAAGCUUUAUACUUGCUUCUAAAAGCAUUUAACACAAAUGAAUCAUGUAAUUCAGAAUAGAGUUUAUUUUCUGUUAAACGUCAGCAUAAAAUUAGAGGCUUGCACACUGUUGUUUCUUUUGGCUGCAGUGCAUCCUGGAAGCUACCUUAUGCCAUUCUAGUUGCCAUUCUCCAAUAACCUGGUUUUGACCAAUUUCUGGGAACACGCCUCCCAUUUCCAGACAGCUUGGAACAGCUACUUUGUAGCACCUGAACCCCACAGAUUCCUUUUCAUGCUUGCAAGUAAAGACAACAUCUACAACAACAUGAACGUUUAGAACUGCUAGACCAGGGAUCAAACAGAUAGGAAAGUUAUUUUGCUUGAAAAUGUUCCUGUCAGCCAGCCACUGGACUUGCCCAGUUUUCUAAUUGGUGCAAGGAAAACCAGCAUCCUCCAGUCUCCAACAAGGCCAACAGGGUUCUGCCUGUCCAUACCUACAUAUUGGAAUGGACUGGACAUGGCUUACACGGCUUUUUGAAGGGGGACUGGAAAAGGCUCAAAAAAACCAAACAAACAUAUAUGGGAACUGCUGAGUCACGGCCUGAACCUCUGAUUGAUCACCUGAGGUGAGCCAUGAGUCAGCCAGAGGAGCUCAGCUGAAGGCAAUUCACCUGUGCUGCCGGAAGGGGUGGAGCCAGGCUCCCCCCCCCCUCCUAGACCUAUUUAAGAGCUGGCUACCAGAGGGGAAGGAUCUCUUCUGGAGAUCCCCUCUUUUGGUGUCUUCUGGUGAGCUCAGCUGAAGGGUAAGCUCUUCCACUUAUUCUCUUUUUGUGAUCGUUGUCUGCUUUGCCUUACUCUCUUGAUUAUAUUGCGAUUAUAACAUCUUGAUAUCUAUUGAUUAUACACAAUUAUAUUGUGAUUAUAACAUCUUGGUUAUACACAAACAAAACAAGAAACACGACAUGACUUGGUUUACAACGUUACUAUCACAUCUUUUACCCCACUACAUAAAGAUGGAAUGAGUAACAAAAUAUUUAGUUCACCUUAAGCUUCAAGCUGCUGCUAUAAUAAAAAAAUGUUUCCUAUUCACACACAGUAGCCUCAGUAUGAAAUAGUUUAGGCCUGAAGGGGUUCAUAUUCAACCAGGGAUUAUUAAAAAUAAGGAAAAUAUUUACCUGACAGUAACUCAUCAUUGACAAUUGCUAGGUAAAUCUGGGUCCUCUGGAAUUCUGAAAGAACGUUUUAUGGAACGUGAAGCUGGAGCUGCAUGCUACAAAUAUGAUCAACUUUAGAGCAGCUUAAAGUUUCUAAAACAAAUCUUGAAAAAUAUUAAGUUUUACUGUGACUCAAAAUGCACCUCCUUCAGCUGGAAGCUGGUUCAGAGGUGUCAUGGUUCUAUGACACCUCUGUCACCUCUAUGGUUCUUAACAAAGCGCCCUGCUGGGGGCUCUGAGCCAUUUUUUAAAGUCUAAACCUCUGAGCCAGCUUUAAUUAACAUGGUUAACCCCACGCCACACCCUGCUCCAAGUUAGUGAGGCCACCUCCCUCCAGCUCGCGAGCUAAAAAUACGCAGUCCCACUGCUCCUAACCGAUACUACAUAUUUCGGCUGGAAGGCAAUAUUAAUUAACACCUUUUUGGCAGCUGUUUGUCAGAAAUGAAUAUUUUAGCGUCAGCAGCACAAGCUGAAUCCAAAAUGCAGCAACGUUCUGCAGAGGUAAGAGAAAACAGGCAGCGCUACAGCAAUCAGUGCAACAUCUGCAAAGAGCCACAGCGCAGCGAGCAACCAGGAACAAUAAAACAGCGUUCUAUCAGUAAACCUGGAAAUACAGGUCCCAUCUGCAGGGUUUUCGGUGAACUGCAAAGAAAACAAAGCAGAGACACACACUCAUCACACACAAAGAUGGCUGUGAGGCAAUUCCAAAACUCUUUUGCCUGAAGUUAAAACCAACUGGCUUUGGUUUAACCACGCGAGAGCUGUGCUGCACGUAGCGCGGAGAGCAGGAUGCGCAGAACGCAGACACACCUGCAGCUGCAAACAAACGACUGAGCAGGAUUCACUGCUGCACUGUUCCACGUGAACCCAUGGCUACACAACAGCCUUAGCUCUAAUUCUUGGCAUUCCCCACCAGCAGGCAAAAACCUUUGGAAAACAAAUAAUUGCAUCCCACUGUGUCGGUUAAAAGCCUCUAAAAAAAUGCUCACUCCUGCAAACACUGUUUACUGUCACUUACAACUCUUAGCUGCCAGGCGUAGCAAGAAAGCGCUUUACUCGUUUACAAACGACUUGAGAAGGGUUUUGUUUAUCCCCAUCUACUACAUCACUGCAGCAUCUCAGUACACAAGAUGACCAUAGUCUAUUAAAUUGCAAAAGGUCAGCACUCAGUGCUGCGAUAAAAUCAGCCCUGUGUGAAAUAGAUGGCAUUUCUAGUACAAACGCAAUAUCCAAGUCACCAAAGGAAUACGUGCAUGCCAGCUGCUUUUCAAAGCAAAAUUGUUGUUUACAGAAAAAUAGUGUACGCAGCAGGAGCCAACAGAGCACUGGGAAUUAUUCACACAAGUUUGGCCCAAACAGACUUUCUUUUCAGAAAGGCAACGAACAACACCAAACACACAUCUGGAUUGCCAGCACAGAAAGCCAUGCAAAUUGAGGUGAGCUUCAUGCUGUCUCAAAGCCAGUGACACAAAGCAAGUGCAUACUCAUCAUUAAAAAAAGAAAGAAAAAAGCUGUUAAUUUGCCACAAAGGUAGCAGCAGCAUUUGGACACAAUUUCCGAGUGUUGUAUCAACUCUUCUUAAAAUUAAUUUCUAAUUUAGAAGCUGCUUUCAACGAUUAGAUUUCAGAUCAGAAAACAACCAAAGGUUUUUGUGUAAGCAAUUACGUACCAAAUUGGUACAAUGUUGAUGUAAGCCAGCCGCUCAUUUACAAAUGUAUUUAUCUUACGCUUACUGAAGUCAUGCUUAAAACGCUGAUUAAAUCACAAGUUUUAAUCUUGCUUUACGUAUUUCUGUUACUUCCUCAAAGAAAGAUAACUUGGAUUUAUGCAGUUUGGUAUUUUAGGAGAAACUGAAGCUCUAUUUCUCAUUACACAUUCCUUAGAUUUCUGCAUUUUUAGGUUGGAAUACAGUCCCUGAACUUACUCCUUAAGAACCAAUCGCCCUUUCCAAUUAUUCAUCUUUUUCAAGCUUCAUUUACAUGCAAGUUUUGGAAAUCAACCUGCACACACAUUUUCACUCGUUUCCUCAGCAACUGGCUUUAUGUUACUAUGCCAUCCACUGUCCUUCCUCCUCGCUUCCAAAUGCUCUUGGGCUUCUUUGCUUAUUUCAGCAAAGCAGGCAGGUAGAGGCAUCAGGAAUACAGAGCUCCCACAGGCUAUGGAAAUAGGAGGCCAGGUUGCAGAGGAACCUCCUACUUACCCCACCAGCACUGCAGCCCCAGCCCCAGGUGCCAGGUGCAGCACGUCCCACAUGGCAGAACCCAACCAGGGAAGCUGCUGGCAGCCAGGAGGGAGGCAAGACACAAAGGAGCUGAAGAGAACACGCCUGGAGAGGUUCCAGCAUGGCAGUAUAGAAAAGGGGAUGCCAGGUGUACUGCAAAGCAGUGGCGAAGGGAAUGACUGAAGGUAUCAUGGAAGGGAGCGCUGGCAGAGCGCAGAGGUAACACAGACCCAAACACAAAUAACAGCCUAUUAAACGCAAAUAUUUAAUUUAGCUCAUUUGCUUAAGUCAUUUAAACAUUCCGUGUAUGUAACACAAAAAUGAAUUUAUUAGCACAACUCCUCCAUCUGAAACUCACUGCUUAAGGACUUCUUUAGUCACAGCAAUUUCACAUAACAGCUUCUGGUUUCCACCUCCUGCAACAGCUGUAGAGCUAACAGCUUACCAUAUCACCUUAACUUGUUUCCAAAGGCAGAAAACUGGGAAAACUUGUUUUUUUCCUCAGCUCCCAGUUUCUCAACAGCAAAUGUGGCAAAUAACUAAAGUGAGGGGCAUGUAUGUCCCAGCAGAAACCAGUGCUGAUCAAGCACACCAAGAAGUGCUGACCAACCAUUCCCGUAGGUCAUGUCUGUGGUUUAUAAAAUAGGAGUUAUUUUAAUAAGCCAUAGUAAGUUCAGGCCCUGAGACAGCAGUCAAAUCCUUAAGUUAGUCAAACAGACCUUAUUGCUGCUUAAAAAAAAAAAAAAAAAGUUUUUACAUGCACAGCAAAAGCAUUAAACAGACAACAAUAGUUUUAUAUCUUCUUUGGAAAAAGAGAGACUUUCCCUGUCACUUCCAGCUUUUUCUUCAGAACAGGUCUGUCAGCAGUGUUGCACAAUACAUUGUCCAGUCCUGAAGAUAUUAAGCAUGGCAACAAACCACAUGAAAACACAUUCCAGAUUUCUGGAAGCACUGCUGCUCUGGCCCAAAUAAGCCAGUCCACUGCUGAUUUAAUGAUCUAAGAUUGAACUGCUUACCGUAUUCAUCAGUCAUCCACUACAUAAGCAUAAAAUACAGAUCCACACUUAUUUUUAUGAUUAACUGUAGCCUUAGGGCUUGCCCACAGAAAAUAUUCUUAAGGCAAAUUAAUGAAAGUCACUUCCAUUCUUAAUGAACGUCCCCAGAACAGAUUUAACCAAACUGCUUGGAACUUAACCCUCCUAUUCAUCACUGCAAUCUUUUCUUUUGCACCUACACUGCAGACAAGCUAAAGGAUAGGAACAUCCAUUCCAGUUAUGACCUGAUAUUACCCAACAAAGAAAUCUUAGGCAGCGCUUGGAUCUGGGUCUUUCAGAAGCUUUAAUAAAUAGGUAGACAGACUUUAAAAGCUCUGAAGGUCUCCUGUACACAAUUACUUCCAAGUAUUUUGACUGAAGUUUAAGGUUUACUGCACCAUAGUCCUUUCCCAGUCUGCGUGCCUGCAGCACCCCGCAGCAGCACCCAGAUGGAUACAGGUCGUGCCGCAGCAAUUCCACCAUAGCGCCCGAGGCCUCACAGCCCUAGGUGAGGUCCCUGCACCCGCGGAUGUGCCCGAGAGGCUAGGAGGGAAAACCCACGCAGGUUGCUGUACCUGACACGGGCAGGGCGCGCAAGGGACAGGAGGAGCGCUGCUGUCGGCAAGGUUAUUUCUGUGCACAUUUGAACCGUAGAUAAAAGAGUCCGGGAACAGAGCAGCACCACAUCUGCAUGGCAACAGCGGGGCAGUGCGAGGGAGCCGGGAACCUAAACAACUACACUCCGGUUUUUACGUACUUCUUUUUAAACUGAAUCCGAACGAACGCAAGCGAGAGGCUCACGCUGCUCUCAGUCAUGCUACCGCGAUACAGUCCCAUUUUCCACUCGGCCAACGGCGGAUCCCGGCCCAGAGCGGCCGCAGCCCCGCAGGAAGCAGCGCGCGGACACCGAGCUGCAGCCAGCGGUGCCGGGCGCGGAGAGCCGAGGAGGCGCCCUUACGGCCCGAAGCCGCCGGGCAGCCCCCAGUCCUUAGCCCCGCGCC